AUGUACCUUCCCGCUUCAGGGAGGGAGAAAUUGGGGACUGAAUUCAUUUCUCUAGCUCAGGGGACUAUGAGUGUCAAGGACUAUGAGACCCGGUUCUCACAGUUGUAUCAGUUUGUUAGGCCGAUUGAUUCAGUGUCUUUGGCUCGAAAGUUCCAACGGGGACUAAACCUGGUGAUUAGAGAUAUGGUGGCUCCUUUUCAGUUGCCUACUGUGGCACUUAUCUUUGCUAGUGCUUUGGCAUUUGAACAUGAACUUCUGACUCCUCGAGGGGAGAUGACCACUAUGGGGGAUUCCCAAGGAAAGGGAAAGAUAGUUGCAAAGAAUAGUAGUGCUUUAGGAUAUGCCAUUGACAUGUUACAACUGCGGAGUUGCGGGCCAUCCAGCCAGUGUGUGCUCGAAGCUAAAGAGCAGAUUAGACUCUUGCGUGUGACUUCUGUUGUAGAGUGUGGUUAUGUGUGCUGGUUGCGUGAUGCAUACUUUAAUGUGCCUUUAAUGGAGAAGGAAGUAAAUGAUGGAGCCAGUGUGCUUGAUCGCGGUACAGUUGAAGUGGAAGUUGGUGCGACCAUUGUGUUGGUAUGGACAUUUUUCAUUUUUGUCAUGCCUUUUGGUCUAACCAAUGCACCUGCUACAUUUAUGAAAUUGAUGAACCAUAUGUUCAAUCCCUACUUGGAUCAGUUUGUAGUAGUAUUUGUGGAUGAUAUCCUGAUUUACUCCAAGUCUUUGGAGGAUCAUGAUAAGCAUCUUAGGACUGUGCUACAAGUUCUGAGAAAGGGAAAGUUUUAUGCUUAG